AAAAAAUAUUAAUAUUGUUAGAUCAAUGUCAUGAUUAGAAUUCAAAUUUCAAUUUUUCCAUUUUAUAUAUGUGAGCUUUUAAUAAUUUACCGUUUUGUCUAUUAAAAAAGGGUGGUUUGUACAUAAAUUAUCCAAGCUUUUGAGUUUCAAUUUUUUAUUUAUAUUUUUUCAAUUUUCACCACUCCAGCUAGCACAGUCACAAAGAGAGAGCAACAAACAAAGCAACCACAAAAUUUAUGCAGCUUUAGAUCAACAAUCUCUCACUCUGUAUCUCUUCUAUGGAAUGGUAGAUUUGAGUUGAAGAGGUUCCACAUUGAUCUUGGUCUCACAAUGGGUAAAUCACCUGGAAAAUGGAUCAAAACUGUACUGUUUGGAAAGAAAUCAUCCAAAUCAAAUAUACCAAGAGGAAGAGAGAAGCUUGGUAAUCAAAAAGAAGGAGUUGUUGCUUCCAAGGUUUCAGAAACUGGUUUAGCUUUAGAGCCAACCACCAAUACUAUUCCCAGACAUGAGGAAGACUUGGAGCUGGAGAAUAAAGAUGCAGAAAAUGUUUCGCCUGGGAAUCAAGAAAUUGACACAGUAGAACCUGUUAAUCAAGAUGCACCGAUUGAUCCAGAGACAUUGAGGCUGGAGGAAGCAGCCACGAAAGCUCAGGCUGCUUUUAGGGGUUAUUUGGCUCGGAGAGCUUUUAGAGCCCUAAAAGGCAUAAUAAGGUUACAAGCACUUAUUCGCGGACACUUGGUUAGAAGACAAGCUGUUGUUACAUUAUGCUGUAUGUAUGGAAUUGUCAAACUACAAGCACUUGGUCGUGGGCAAAGUGUUAGAAAGUCUGAUGUCGGAUUUGAAGUUCACGAGAAGUGCAUUCUAUUGAAGUUUCAGGAUGACAAACCUGGAAAGCCAAUUACAUUAUCUGGAAAAAUUAUGAAGCUGUCAGCAAAUACUUUCAUUCUUAAGCUUAUUGCUUCAUCAACUACAAUAAUGGCCCUGCGUUUGCAAUAUGUUCCUGGUGAUCCAAAUUCAGUCCUAAGUUGGUUGGAGCGUUGGUCAGCAUCUUGGUUUUGGAAGCCAAUUCCUCAACCCAAGAAAGUUCGGGAUACGAAGCCUCAGAAAAAGCAGGGUCAUAUUUCAACUGGAGAUGCUCAAACAAGCAAGUCAAAACGUACCCACAGGAAACUUCCUACUGCAAAUCUUGACCUAGCCCCAUCACAAGCAAAUCCUGAAAUUGAAAAACCAAAACGAAAUGUAAGGAAAUUUCCAAGCCAACCCUCAGAUCCUGUGCUGGAAAAUCCCCAGAUUGAGCUUGAGAAGGUUAAACGUAACUUGAGAAAGGUCCAUAACCCAGUUGUUGAGACUGCAAUUCUGUCAGAAGUUGAAUCUGAGACUCUAAAGCCGAAUGUGGAAAAGACAGUUGCCUCAAGUGUUGAUGUUUCAGAACAUGCGGUCAUUAGUUCUAAUGGAAAGAUUAAGAAGGAAGCAGCACUAACCAUUUCCAGUGAGCCAGAUAACAGAAUUACUCCUGGUGAUUUAAUUACUAAGGAGGUGUUUGACACUCCAAGCAGUUAUCAGGUGAAUGUGGAAUCAAAGCCCUUGACAGAUAUUACAAGCAAAGAUAAAAACAUUUCUGACGAUGAAGUGAAAAAUGAGCCCAUAGAUUUAGUAGAGACUGUUGGCAAAAAUGAAAAUUCUCACUUAACAAAUGGAGGUUUGAGUCACAAGGAAGAUCAAACGGGCAGCGAAAAUCAGAAACCAACCCGAAAAGCCUCAAUUGUAGCUAAGCAGGAACGUGCAGAGAAUGGUUUACACAAUAGUCCGACAAUUCCAAGUUAUAUGGCAGCAACUGAAUCUGCAAAGGCAAAAUUGAGGGCUCAAGGAUCCCCAAAAGUUGGACAAGAUGGAAGUGAGAAAACCAACAGUGCUCGGCGACAGUCUCUGCCAUCUUCAACUAACAGCAAAAUCAGUUCGCAUUCACCUAAAAUACAGAGACCAACUCAAUCAGGUGGUAAGGUGGGCCACAAAAGUGACAAAGCUGUAUCAUCUUCUAAAGAUGGAAAUGCGAAGGUAAUUCAAGCAGAAUGGAAGAGGUGAUUUGAGGAAGACUGAUUUUCUAGAGUUGAUAUGAAGAAGUUGAAACUUGUAAUGUUUAUGUGUUAUCUUUUGAUGGAAAUUGCUGAAUCGAGAGAACUAUAGGUGUGUUUGAUCAGGUUUUUCUUCACUUGCUGCAUUUGGGCGUUUGAGGGUGAUUUGUACAUUAUAGGUUUUUAGUUUUGCAUGAAGCAACUAUACCCAAAUUUAUGUCCUGUUUGUUUUCGAACAUUAUUUCUGGGCUGUCCAUAAUGUUUGUUUUUUCCCCUUAAGUGUGUAUGACCUUAACACGUACCUUCCUAGGUGUUACAAAGUACUUGUGUGUGUCGAAUUUCAACCUAAAUAUUUUAUGGUAACAUGAAUUUUCUCGUGCUAAA